UUGUUCCACAGACUUUAUCUAGGGGGGAGGUUGUUAGAAGCGAAAUAUGUGCGAGUUGCGCUUCUGUGUUAUGAGAAUGGAUUCAUUGUGGGACGCAUCGAUCUAACGGAAUCUGUUGCCUACGGUGCCUGGCCGCCCCUGGCUGGCUUUACCUGACAGAUCGGCUGAGGUUACACAUUAAGAGGAUAGUCCCUCUGUGUUACUGCUAAAAUGGAAGUCAAGAAACUAAUGCGCAAAUCCCUUCAGCCGGCAAGACCUGUUCGUAGAGUUGUAAUGCAUAAAGGGCCAAUGUUCCCCACAGGACCAAUGGCACCUUCUGUACUAAAAAAUCUCAGCCUCAAACAGGAGAAGUUAUGCCGGGCCACCUCACUGGAUUCAGAACCUCUGUUUAUGUUGAACAUUCGGACUGAGUUCACAGACUACCUAAUACAUGAUAUUGAGAAGCAUCUUGAUAUGUGGUGCUCAAUUAGCAACCAUGAUAAGCCAGAAGAGGAAUCAGUGUUACCCAUUCAAGCAAAAGCCCCACAACCUAAACCAAAAAAAGGAGAAAGAAUUACUUAUACCAGAGACUGCCUGAUUGAGUUAUCAAAAUUGUCAGUAUGCAAAGAGAGACCAAAAUAUUUACCAGAUCAUCCAGUUGUUCUGGAAGAGCCGAUCUGUAAUUACCGCUAUGCCACUCGGUUCCUCAAAAACUGAUGCCUUGUCAUAAAGUUUGUCUACAGUCCCCUCCACUGUGGUCGCUAGAUACUGAUAGAGAGAAGCAGUAUUCCUGUAAUGCUUAAAUUGCUCAAGGGAAAGUAUAUUCCAGAGAAUAUGACUACAUACUGUUCAACGGAGGAACCUCAAGCUUUUCAGUAAUUGCUAUUUGUAAUGUCUUUUUUGGAAGGAUAUUUUUCCGACUCAGAUUUUGAAGCACUUUUGUAUAUAGUUAUGUAAGCAUUGUAUAUAAUUGGAUUGCCAGUGCAACUCUUCAGGAAGACCAUAAAUGCUGAAAAUAUUUGCUGGGCCCACUAGCUUUUAUUUAAAUAUAACCAAUUUAAAUAUUUUGUAAAUUAUUCUAUGAGGAAAAACUAAAUAUUUUGAAUACAAGGUUUAUGGACUCCUGAGAAACAUUCCUGUCAGUUUGGUCCCUUGCAUUUUCAAUGUUUGUUCAGAAACUGCAUAAAAGUUUUUUUUCCAAAAUGUA